AGCCGGGAUGCCCGAGAAGAUCAGAGGAGGGCUUGUGCCUUUUACAGACUUCGAGGGGGCGACCGCCCUGGGGGAAGCUCGACCCUGUAGGGGCCCGUGGUCACUGCCAGGGGAACUCCAAUACCUGGAUGACCCCAGACCGCAGCACUUCUGCCACACCAGGAAGUGCUGGGGGAAGAGGAACAGGGACACCCGGAGUGCUUCCGGGGAGACAGCUGGCACUUCCGCCACACUGGGGCGUGUCAGUGGGAGAUUGCCGGGAACACACCUGGAGCACAUCUGGGUGCUUAUUUAAAGGGGCCGCCUCCCUUCAGAGAUGGACUUGAGUCGGGUGGAAGAGUGGACAAGGUUUCUGAAGGAGAGAAGGAGGCGGUCUGGAAGAAAAGAGAGAGUAGGCAUUGUGUUGGCCUGGACUGAGGGGUAUUGGGGUUGUGAGUAGUGAUCAUGGAGCACCAAAAUAAAUGUGUGUGGGGUGAUUUAAACGUGUCUGCCUGUCUGUGUCCGGGUCAUAUUCCACAAUGGCGUCCAACAUGGGGUCCUCCAUCUGUUCCAAGACGGAGACCCCAAAACAAAUAUUUUGUGGACGGCCCGGAGCAGCAGGCACCCCCGCACACGUUCCAAGGGUGCGGAGUGCUCACGGCCCCGAGACAACAAGUAAAACCCCAGAUCGCAACCGGGAAGCGGUCAGAUUCCUACCUGGUGCGGGAAAACACCGACGGGCGUUGGAGAAGUGCAGUGGGCUCCUGUGACUGUGCUGCCGCCGAAGGCGUCCGGCGGUGGCGUGGCGUAUCGGAAGACCAUGCCGAGGCAGGCGCCUCGGUCAGAUGGGAUCCGGGAAAGACAGCCCCUGCAUGCCGGCAGCCAGCCCGGGAGGGCUGAGCUUGUUUUGUGUUUUGCAGGCAGGGGCUGCCCGGGUCCACACGUAUGGCAAAAGCACGCCGAACCACAGCGCUGGGCGGACGUGGCAGCGGCAGAAAGAGCUGCCGGAAAGGAAACGCUGCAUCUGGAAGAGCCAGCAUGUCGCUGCACCAGGAGGAGCGGAGCCAAGAUGGCCGCGGACAGGAAGUCCCUACUUGAGACAAGCACGGGGUUGGACGGUGUGUCUUGUGUGCCCGCCAAUGAAUAUAUAGAGGCGGGACCAAGGAAUGUCCGUCUCGUGCCAGGGAGAGACCUGAUUGGGCUGGAGGAGCCUCACAGGAAGCAGCCGGCGAAGAUGACUGACAACCCGGUAAGUCAAUCGUCGGCUGACUUUCUGUGCUUGUCCCUGAUGCAGGUGCUGAGUGUCCUCCGUGCUGAGUUACAGGAGCUGAAGGGGGAGGCGGUCGCGUCGGAGACAUCAGAAUGGCGCGACGCCGGAGUCUUCGGCCGGAGAGGCACGGCGGAGACGCUCUGAAGGAAGCUUUUGCCAGCCAUGAUGAAAUUCAAACUAUGGCCCAAGAACACUUUAAUAUGUUGAACCUUGUU